GCUUUUCCUCUCUCUUCAUUCUUGCAGGCAUCUUGCUGUCUCCUCGAGACUACUGCAAGUUGAGCUCGCUGCUCUUACAUUCCUUUCACUCAAAGGACACGAAAACUUGUGAAGUUGAAGGCAGUGCAUGGAAAUUUUGUUUGGCUUCUUUUUGUUAACGAUGUCAUAUGAACUGCAAGUGUGAUCUUCAUGGAAGCUUAGCAGAGGCCAAACAAGUUUUCUUAUUGAAGUACUAGACUUGCUACUCAAAAGUAUUCACUCUUACCGGCAUUUUCGCAUCGAAAAGGUUUCGCAUUUACAUAGAGAAAUGGCACUUGCUCCAACUGCUGAAGUAGCUCUGGGCUCAAUUGCCUUCGGAAUAUUUUGGGUGCUAGCCGUCUUCCCUGCAGUCCCAUUCCUCCCCAUUGGAAGAACUGCUGGGUCUCUUCUUGGUGCGUUGCUCAUGGUCAUCUUCCGGGCGAUCACUCCAGAGCAAGCUUAUGCUUCUAUCGACAUCCCCAUCCUCAGCCUUCUGUUCGGAACUAUGGUCGUCAGCAUCUAUCUUGAGAGAGCCCACAUGUUUAAAUACUUGGGAUUGUUGCUUUCUUGGAAGAGCAAAGGUGGCAAGGACUUGCUCUGCCGAAUCUGCCUUAUUUCGGCCUUGUCGAGUGCACUAUUCACCAACGACACCUCCUGCAUUGUGUUAACUGAGUUUGUUCUCAAGCUCGCAAGGCAGCACAAUCUGCCACCGAGACCAUUCCUCCUAGCACUGGCAUCAAGUGCCAACAUUGGCUCCACUGCGACUCCCAUCGGAAACCCGCAAAAUUUGGUUAUAGCUGUCCAGAGCAAGAUCUCUUUCGGAAAAUUCUUCGCAGGAAUCAUCCCCGCAAUGCUCAUUGGGGUGGUCAUCAACAUAACGCUUCUUCUAUGCAUGUUUUGGAACACAUUGAAGGUAAACAAGGUUGAAGAGGAGGUGAUGGAGGAAGCGGUCGAUGAGGAUGAAGUGAUCUCUCAUAAGUUCUCUCCUGCAAGAAUGUCGCAUACGACCCAAGAGGGAGUUUGUGGGGAUGAUGUUGGGAAGAGCAGGUCGCGAGCGAGAGCAGCUUCUUUUCAAGUCCCUGAUGUGAAGAGACUCUUGAGUAAAAAGACCAUGAUCUUGAAGGGCUGUGCUUAUCUUGUGACUGUAGGGAUGCUGAUCUCUCUGCUCAUGGGACUAAACAUGUCAUGGACUGCACUCUGUGCUGCCCUUGCACUCGUUGUCAUCGACUUCAGGGAUGCUGGACCCUGCCUUGAUAAGGUUUCGUAUUCGCUGUUGAUAUUCUUCUGUGGGAUGUUCAUCACUGUUGAUGGAUUCAACAAAACCGGACUACCGAGUGCUCUGUGGAAUUUCAUGGAGCCUCACGCACGGAUCAAUCAUGCUACUGGAGUGGCAGUUCUCGCCCUUGUCAUACUACUACUUUCAAACUUCGCAUCCAAUGUACCUACUGUGCUCUUGCUCGGAGCCCAGGUGGCAAAAUCAGCAGCAGCAGUUUCUCCGGCGGAUGAGACAAGAGCAUGGCUCAUACUUGCAUGGGUAAGCACGGUCGCUGGCAACUUGUCUCUCCUAGGGUCGGCGGCAAACUUGAUUGUCUGCGAGCAGGCACGACGGUCACAAUUGUUUGGAUACACGCUCUCCUUCUGGGGUCAUAUUGUCUUCGGGGUUCCGUCGACGCUUAUCGUGGCAGCAAUUGGCCUGCCUCUUAUUAGGGGUUAGUUUAUAGUCAUGGAUGGUUAUCGCCUUACGAUAGUAGUUGGUUUUAUCUUGAAAGCUUUUGUAAUAAAAGCUAAGUAAAGAUCUAUAGCUCUCAUAUUUUAAGGAAAUCCAAUGAGUUCUAGUAUAUUAGUUUCGUUUAUAUCAA